ACACCCUUAAAAUAAGAAAACAGGGAGAGACAGAGACCCGAAAAAAAAGAAACAAAGAAAACCGUUUCCAGAGACAGGCAGAAAUAGUCAGAGGCUGGGCCCACGGCUGGGGUGUGCCCUGCAGCUGGGGGGCGGGGUUGGAUAUUCCUGAAGUCAGGGAGCAGUCUCCGGACAGGAUGUGAGAGAGGAACUGGGGUCUCCAGUCACGGGAGCCGGCUCCGGCUGCAGGCGGGAAGGGGACUUCGGCCGCGGUCUCCCGCUCAGGAUGGGGGUCCCCCGGCCGCAGCCCUGGGGGCUCGGGUUCCUGCUCUUCCUCCUGCCGACCCUGCGCGCAGAGAGCCACCUCUCCCUCCUGUACCACCUCACCGCCGUGUCCUCUCCUGCCCCCGGGACUCCUGCCUUCUGGGCGUCAGGCUGGCUUGGGCCACAGCAGUACCUGAGCUACAAUAACCUACGGGCGCAGGCCGAGCCGUGCGGGGCUUGGGUCUGGGAAAACCAGGUGUCCUGGUAUUGGGAGAAGGAGACAACAGACCUGAGGAACAAGCAGGAACUCUUUCUCGAAGCUCUCAAAGCCUUGGGGGAAGGAGGUCCUUACACCCUGCAGGGCCUGUUGGGCUGUGAAUUGGGCCCUGACAACUCCUCGGUGCCCGUGGCCAAGUUUGCUCUGAACGGUGAGGAUUUCAUGGAUUUUGACCCCAAGCUGGGCACCUGGAAUGGGGAGUGGCCUGAGACUGAGACCAUCAGUAAGAGGUGGAUGCAGCAGGCCGGAGCGGUCAGCAAGGAGAGGACCUUCCUGCUCAACUCGUGUCCGCAGCGGCUGCUGGGGCACCUGGAGCGAGGCCGCGGCAACCUGGAGUGGAAGGAGCCACCGUCCAUGCGCCUGAAGGCCCGGCCGGGCGGCCCCGGCGUCUCCGUGCUCACCUGCAGCGCCUUCUCCUUCUACCCCCCGGAGCUGCAGCUGCGCUUCCUCCGCAACGGGCUGGCGGCCGGCUCCGGCUCCGGUGACUUCGGCCCCAACGGCGACGGCUCCUUCUAUGCCUGGUCUUCAUUGACAGUCAAAAGCGGCGAUGAGCACCACUACCGCUGCCUGGUGCAGCACGCAGGGCUGCCGCAGCCCCUGACCGUGGAGCUGGAAUCACCAGCCAAAUCCUCGGUGCCAGUGGUUGGAAUCGUCAUUGGCCUCUUACUGCUCACGGCAGUGGCUGCAGGCGGAGCUCUGCUAUGGAGGAGGAUGAGAAACGGGCUACCAGCCCCUUGGAUCUCUCUCCGUGGGGACGAUGUAGGCGCCCUCCUGCCCACUCCUGGCCUGCCCAAGGAUGCUGACUCUUAGGAUAUAAAUGCAUUCUCAGCAGCCGCCUGAUCACCUCCCACCCCGUCCUGGCUACGACCAGCUAAUGUAGUCAGGCCCCUGUUAUGCUGUGAGAUCUCCUGGAAUCCUGGUAUUUCUGAGCCUCCAGAAAGAGUCCCGGGCCCGAUGACCUUCUGGAUUUCUCCUCCUGUGGUCUGCCUCCGUUUCCCCUCCUGAUGAUUAUGGCUCUUCUCCACCUCCACUUAUAAACACAAGUUUGGGCCCAAAUCAUUGUGUUCUUAUCAUUUCAACUUUUUGGCAGGGAGGUAAGAGAAUGGAAGGGGUGGGGGAAUAAAUCGCCCUGGCCUUCCAAACUCUCUUAAGGCCCACAUGUGGCCCCCGUGGAAUAUACCAGUUUUAUACCGAGUCAUGUCUUCCUCAUUCAUAAGCCUCACAGAUACUGAAUGCCUGCCCUGUGCCAGGCAUUUUGAGGAAUUCUUGGCUGGAGUCUGAGCUGACUCCUCGGUGGAACGGAAGAGAAACAUUGUUUCCUCUUUGAGAGAAAUGGAUGCCUCCUCUGGCCCCUUGGUUCCCUUCUUUCUUAACCAUGCUGACAAAGGGAAAGAUAAAAAUACGUCUCCUGGGUCGCCUGCCUGGCUCAGCUGGAAUAGCAUGAAACUCUUGAACUUAGGGUGGUGAGUGUGGGCCCCACCUUGGCUGUUCAGAUUACAUCUAUACAUAAACUAAUAAACAAACA